AUGGCAUCGUUAGCCGAGGGCCUAAGCACGUCAGGAGAACCAGAAGUUGAUGACUUCACCUCUGAUGAGGAUGGUGACGAUGGGGUCGGUGAUAACAGAGAUCGAGUGGAUGAAACAGAAUCAUCCGACAUGUUCAGCUUGGACGGGCGCCCAGAUAUCCCAGAUGCGGAGAAGCUACGGUAUCUCGUCGAGUCCAUGGGUGAGGUGGGGCCUGGGGAGCAUACACAUGGAAGUACCUGGAAAGGGUCAGCAAAGGUGAGGCACGGGGGCGCCGUCGAGCAUUACAUCGUAAUUUCCCGUGGUGAAGUCUUUGCAGAUUCCUUUGACACCUGGUUUCUAGCCAAAACAUUUCCCAGCUUGUUCCCGCUGGGCAAAGGCGGUCCCCGGGAGGCCGAAGAGCACUCCAAGGAUGCGGCAGGGCCAGUGCAUCCUACUUUCGAGCUGGAAGCCGCUGAGCAGCACCUCGUAUCGUCCCGGAACAUGGGCUUGGAGGCUUGCGUGAAAAUGGUGAUCCAGCGACACGGCGGCCGCUUUGCAACGCAUCCUGUCUUUUCCGUUCUCGUUUUCAAUAUAGGGGUGCGGUCUAGAAACCGCCGUGUGAGCAUGGCAAGCAUGCGGAGGAGUGAUUUCCCGGACGUAGAACAUACCAUCCAAGACUUGACCGCGUCAAGGCUUGAGAAGGCGAGGGGAGAGCUAGAGGCUUGCGGCGUACAAGAGGGCUCGACUCGCGAUAUCGAAUCCCCUCAGCUCGGCAAUCUUCCUCCAUCGGGAGAUCUCCAUGUUCUUCCAGUACUACGUGAUGGUUGGGAAGGAUUCGUACUCGGGCGGGUCAGCCAGUACUAUGGGGCAGUAGAGACCAAUGAAAGGGGCGCGCUCCACCUUCACGGCCUCCUCUGGCUGCAGGGUAAUAUGUAUUUGAGUUCCCUUCUCAGCGACGUUCAAGGAGAGGAGCAAGCGGCAUAUCGGCAGCGAGUGACCGAGAAUGUUGACAGUGUUUUUACGGAGGAUCUCGAUGAGGAGUCUUUCGCGAGAGUGCGAGCAGGGAAAUUGGUGACGUCUGACGUGUCGUCACUAUUGGAGAGAGCAUUCCAAUUUCCCCCGAAUUUCGAAGAAGAAGCGAACUUCUGCGCAGGUGCCACACAAAUUCACACGCAUAGCCCUACAUGCGUCAAGUACGCGAUCGGGAGACGCGGAACGAAGCAGAAUCCUCGCCGGUACGGGGCGCCUUGGAAACCAGUGGAGAAGGCUUACUUUAACGAAGACGGGCUAUUGCGGCUUCGACGCAGCCACAGCCUGGUGAACCGAUGGAACAAGGUAAUGGCAGUGGGGCUGCGACACAACCACGAGAUAUCCUUCAAUGUGACAAAAUGCAAGGGUCUGGCGCUCGUUUACUACGUGACCAACUACGCCACCAAAGUUGGGGAUCCGGUGUGGAAGCGCGUGGUGGCAGCUAAAGAAGUAAUUCGGCUCCUGGGCGAUGAUGGUACUGGGGAUCAGUCGAGGAACGGGCGAGGUCGAACCGAGGGCGACAACCGUCACAGCCAAGCGCGCCAAUUUCUGCUGCGAAUGGCCAACAGAAUCUUCACGGAACGGGCGUUGUCGCAGGUCGAGGUGUUGGCCCAUUUUCAGGGAUACGAGACAGAACUUACAAACAGCACCGCCUGGACGUUUCUGAACGUCUGCACUCUCUACUGGCACAUCUUUCGGCGAUGGCCCCUCCUGCACCGUGCGGCCGGCGGGGGCGGGCUGGACGAGUCGAUCGGGGAGACAGUGCUGCUGGGAAGAGCCGGACAGAGGAUCUCGCUGUUGCAAGCUUACCCGUACCGCAGUCAGCGACUGGAAGGGUUAGCUCUUUACGACUAUAUGUCGGUCGUCAAACUGAAGCGGAAGGGGGGAUGCGUCCGCUCGGGUGAGGUGGAACUAGACAGGGCCUGGCCACUGUCGGCAUCGUGGAUCCAGACACCGCGGCAUCCAAACCAGCUUGCGGCGGUCUGCUUAGAUGGCUAUUUAGGCAUGGAUUUUACUGAGGAGGGUGAUUCCUACUACAGGAGGUACGUCCACCCCGACCGACAAACUGCAAUGGUGCGACUCUUCGAGCCAAGCGUCUGUUCGAAACUUGUAUGA